AAAGCUUUUAUAUGUUUCCACAAUAGUAUUUAUUUAUUUUCUUCUUUUCUUAUUAUGAUAAUAAUUCAAUUUUUUCCCGAUCCAAAAAAAAAAAAAAAUUCAAUUUUAUUGCACACUCGAUACAAUCGGAGCACAUGGGGCCAAAUUAUAAAUUGUUGAACAUUUGGGGGCUGAAGCGGCAUUUCCCCAUUAUCACAUUCCUCCACGUUUCUGAUUCUGCUCCAUUACAAAUCGGAGCUGACGAGCGAUUUUUUCCGGCUAUGGCGUUUCUCGGCCACCGCCGCCCACUCAUCUCACUCCCUUCUCUUCGCUCUCCCAAAACCAGCCAUGCUGUUCUAAUUUCUUGCUUCUCUAGCCGAUCGAAUUCUGUAGAAGCAGUUCAGUUGAAGACUUCAAGCAAAGAGUAUUCGCCCGGGAUGAUUGAUGAUGUCUUUUUGAACGUUUUUCGCAGUAAAAUGGCUCAGGAGAUUGGUUGGGACUCUGAGAAACCUGGAUAUGAUGGAUUGAUUGAUGUUGCUCAUCGGAUAAUGGUUGGGCGAUCCAACUCUGAAGCUACAGAUGCCGCGGUGCGGAUAUUAAGAUCGUUGUUUCCUCCAUGGCUAUUGGAGCUCUACAAAACGCUUGUUUCGCCUAUUGCUGGGGGGAAAGUCGCCUCUGUGAUGGUUGCAAGAGUGACUGCACUUUCGUGUCAAUGGCUCAUGGGAACGUGUACUGUCAACUCUGUCGAGAUGCCCGAUGGAUCUUCGUGGCCUAGUGGGGUCUACGUCGAGAAAUGCAAGUAUUUGGAGGAGAGCAAGUGCGUUGGUGUGUGCAUCAAUACUUGUAAGCUCCCUACACAGACCUUCUUCAAGGAUUGCAUGGGAGUUCCUUUAGUGAUGGAGCCCAACUUCAACGAUUAUAGCUGUCAGUUCAAAUUUGGGAUGAAACCUCCUCCACCAGAAGAUGAUACUGCACUCAAAGAGCCAUGCCUUCAAAUAUGCCCUAAAGCUAUUCGACGGAAGGAGAUCAACAGCGCCAGCACCCCCAGCGACGUUUCAAAAUGUCCUAAGGCGUAGUAGACUCCGACUACCUCAUAAUAUAUAUCAUGCAAACUAACGCAGAUAUACAAUUCAACAUAUAUACUUUACUAUAUCAAAUGAAAUUCAUCAUCAUUCAACA